AUAAAUACAUACACAUUUUCCUAUAUAAUCUGCAUAUAUAGCAACAUAUAUAAAUCUAACUAUAUAGAAGAACACCUAUAAUAUAAGCUCCUUCCAUAAACUAUAGUAAUGGGGUUUCUUAGGGCAAUCAAAUCUUCCUUCCUAUUCUUAUUGCCUCUAUUCAACCUCCUCUUUCAAGGCACUACUACUCUCGUCGCCGCCGCCUAUGACGGCGGCUGGCAGCCUGCUCAUGCCACCUUCUACGGCGGGAGUGAUGCCACCGGCACCAUGGGAGGAGCUUGUGGUUAUGGAAACUUGUACAGCCAAGGUUAUGGGACAAGCACCGCGGCGCUAAGCACGGUUCUUUUCAAUAGUGGAUUAAGUUGUGGCGCGUGUUAUCAAUUGCGUUGCAAUGAUGACCCUAAAUGGUGUCGUUCGGGUGUGAUCACGGUGACGGCCACCAACUUUUGCCCCCCGAAUUCGGCUUUGCCUAACGACAACGGUGGUUGGUGUAAUCCUCCUCGCGAACACUUUGAUUUGGCUGAGCCUGCUUUCUUACAAAUUGCUGAGUACCGUGCUGGAAUAGUCCCAGUACUCUUCAGAAGAGUUCCAUGUGAGAAGAAAGGAGGAAUAAGGUUCACCAUAAAUGGACACUCCUACUUCAACUUGGUCCUCAUAACAAACGUUGGGGGUGCCGGUGAGGUACAAUCGGUGGCGAUAAAAGGGUCGAGGACGGGUUGGGUUCCGAUGUCAAGAAAUUGGGGUCAGAAUUGGCAAAGCAAUUCCUAUCUCAAUGGUCAAAAACUCUCAUUUAAGGUCACAGGGAGUGAUGGAAGUACUAUCACAUGCAAUGACGUGGCACCAGCUGAUUGGCAAUUUGGCCAAACUUUUGAGGGUCCUCAAUUUUAAUUAGAUCAAAAUUAUUAAGACUUUAUUAUCUUAUAUAUAUAUAUUUACCCCAUGUUUGAUGAAAUUGUUUUUGAGUGUAAAAGUUUAAACAAUAUUGUAGAAAGAGAGAGAGAGAGAGAGAGUUAGAUGUGGUUUGGUUAAAUGUCUUUGGUUUGAUAUUAAAAGGGGUUUUAAAUUUUGAAAACCUACUUUUAUUGAUUAGAGACAAAAGGGAUAUUUAAGAAGUUUAGAAAGAAGAAAAAGGUCCCAACUUUUUUGGUAUGUAAAAAAGAAAAAGGUGGGGCUAAUAGUAAGUAUUAUUAUUACUACCUGUCCAGAUUUAUGGCAUUUGGGCUAGGUUGUUCUCUAUUUCUAAUAUUCCAUUUAGUUUUUUUGGUGGUGGGGUGGGGGGAGAGUAAUGAUGAAUUAGAGUUGUGUAAUUAUAAUUAAUUACCAAUUAAUGUAUAUGUAAAAAAAAUGAGCAUUACUUAAUUAAAGUAAGCUCUCUUUGGUGGGUUUA